UCUACAGUUGGCCGUUGAAGGGAAUGGCUAUAAUGAAGAGGAAAAUUGUAGAUAGCGCUGAUGAAGACAGAAAUAAUCAGUCAAAACGAGCCAAACUAGAUAUUACUAAGAAGAGACACGUAGCUGCGGUGAUUCUCGCUCGUGGCGGCAGCAAGGGAAUUCCUCUGAAGAACAUAAAAUUGCUGGCGGGUAUUCCACUGAUCGGAUGGGUUAUACGGGCAGCUAUAGACUCUGAUGUGUUUGACAGUCUGUGGGUAUCCACUGACCACGAUGAGAUUGAGCGGGUGGCAAAGAAAUGGGGGGCUAAAGUACACAGGAGGAGUGCAGAAGUGUCCAAAGAUACAACAAGCUCCCUGGAAACUAUUCAAGAGUUUUGCCGAAUGAACCCAGAGGUGGACAUCAUCUGUAAUAUUCAGGCCACCUCUCCAUGCCUCCACCCACACCACCUUAUACAGGCAGUGGAGAUGGUGACCAAACAAGGCUACGACUCUGUGUUCUCUGUCGUACGCCGACACCACUUCCGUUGGCAAGAGGUCACCAGAGAAGAGGGCACCGACACUAAGGCCCUGAACCUGAACCCAGCCAAGAGGCCCCAUCACCAGGACUGGGCUGGGGAGCUCUGUGAAAAUGGAUCCUUUUACAUCGCCACCAAAAAACUUAUAGAUGAAGGAGUCCUGCAGGGAGGGAAGAUGGCCUAUUUUGAGAUGCCGGCAGAGUACAGCAUUGAUAUUGACAUUGACAUAGAUUGGCCUGUUGCAGAACAGCGGGUGCUCAGGUUUGGUUACUUCGGUAAGGACAAGCCGGAGUUGGUGCGGCUUCUCCUGUGUAAUGUGUUGGGCUGUUUGACAGAUUGGCAGAUCUCUCUGUCUGCAAGUGGAGACGAGAGGGUGUCCGUUAACAGCAGAGAUCUGGAUGGUAUCACCAUGCUGCAGAGAGAAGGAACAGAGGUGAUCCUUCUGACUUCCAGUGAGAACCCCACACUGAAGACUCUCACAGACAAGUUGUCCCAGCAAACGGGCUGUGUUGUGAUGUCUCUGAAUGAGCCGAAGCAGGUGGAGGUUGAGAAACUGAUGAAGGAGAAGAGGCUAGAAUGGAAAGAGGUGGCCUAUAUUGGUAAUGAUGCAACAGAUGUGGACUGCUUGAGCCUGGCUGGACUGAGCGCUGUGCCCCUGGACACCUCUGGGAUGGCGCUCAUUGCAGCAAAGUACCAGUGCCAGAGUACCGCGGGCCAUGGUGCGGUGCGGGAGUUCUGCGAGCACAUUCUGCACAGCCUCCAGCCAGCAGGGAAUCCUCAGUGUUCCUUCCCCUGCAGGGCCCAUGGCCGGUACCUGCCCUGGCCAAACCAGAGAUGGUCACGGCUCACUGCCGCGGAGAAGUUUUCCCGACGGCAAUGGUGGUGGCAGCAGUGGCGGUGGCGGCGGUGGCGGCGUUGGUGGUGGCGGUGGCGGCGUUGGUGGCGGCGACUUGUACUAGUCCAUGUUCCCACUGAUGAUCCCCGCGUUGUAGGAAUCAGUGCGAAAGUUCGGAGUCUGGUUGGGAAACGUCUUGAUGGAGGCUCUUGGGAUCGUAUCAUCCAACGGUUUUUCAAUAAACCCUACUACCGCCUACGUGUACUCGCUGACAUCAUCAGCGAUGACCCAGAACAUAAUCUAUACACGUAA